AUGGGAGUGUACCGCUUACACCCUACACCCUACCCCCUGCUCCCUACCCCCUGCUCCCUACACCCUACACCCUGCUCCCUACACCCUACCCCCUGCUCCCUACCCCCUGCUCCCUACACCCUACCCCCUGCUCCCUACACCCUACCCCCUGCUCCCUACACCCUACUCCCUGCUCCCUACACCCUACCCCUUGCUCCCUACCACCCCUGCUCCCUACACCCUACCCCCUGCUCCCUACACCCUACCCCUGCUCCCUACACCCUACCCCCUGCUCCCUACACCCUACCCCCUGCUCCCUACACCCUACCCCCUGCUCCCUACACCCUGCUCCCUACACCCUACCCCCUGCUCCCUACACCCUACCCCCUGCUCCCUACACCCCUACCCCCUGCUCCCUACACCCUGCUCCCUACACCCUACCCCUGCUCCCUACACCCUACCCCCUGCUCCCUACACCCUACCCCCUGCUCCCUACACCCUACACCCUGCUCCCUACACCCUGCCCCCUGCUCCCUACACCCUGCCCCCUGCUCCCUACACCCCUACCCCUUGCUCCCUACACCCUACCCCCUGCUCCCUACACCCUACCCCCUGCUCCCUACACCCUACACCCUGCUCCCUACACCCUGCCCCCUGCUCCCUACACCCUGCCCCCUGCUCCCUACACCCUACCCCUUGCUCCCUACACCCUACCCCCUGCUCCCUACACCCUACCCCCUGCUCCCUACACCCUACACCCUGCUCCCUACACCCUACCUGCUGUUCCCUACACCCUACCCGCUGCUCCCUAACACUCUGACUCCUACCACCCUACUCCCUGACUCCUAG